GCUCUCUCGCUCUCCCUCUCCUUCUCUCGCUCUCUCAUGCCAUGCUGGGCCAGAUAGGCUCAGCCAGACGUGUAUUUACCCAUAUCCGGGUUAGAGAGGAAAAGAAAAAAGUUUCAUUUAAACCUGAACGAAAAAACAAAACAAAAAACUUUCAACAUGAAACCACACAGCAGGAACAGGCACAGACCGUAAGGCAUUCUUACAAUUUAUAAUCUCCAUCAAGGACUUGGGGAGGGGAGUUUUGACCAUUUUAAAAUUUUGUUUCGUGUGUUGUGCGCGUACGGAAUUAUCAGCAAAGGUUUUUGUUUAUUAAAAUAAAUGUAGUCUCCCGCAUUGUGGGAAUUUUUAAUAUUUUUGUCCUCUCCGUCCCCCGCCCCCAUUUUUGUUUUGCCCAUUUUUCUAGGCUGGGGAGGGAGUUAAUUAAUUUCUCCCUCUCUUGCAAUGUUGCAAUGAUCAUGGCUGCGCAAGUGGCAGCGGCUCCGGCGGGUGCGAACAAGAACAAGGGCAAAACCCCGAGUUUGCCGGCAAACUUGAGCCAGGACCUCAACUCGGGGGGUCCCGUGGCUGGCACCUUAGGAGCUGCUGGAUCAGGUGCUCUCUUGGGGGUCGGAGAUGGGACUAACAACAGCAGCAGCAGCUUGAAUAAUGUAGAUCACCAUCUCCUCCACCACCAUAAUGAACUGAACAUGGCCAAUAAUGCAACUUCUGCUGCUGCCGCCACCGGUAAUAACAACAACGCUACCAGCAGCGCCGGCUCUUCCUCGGAUGCCGUUUUGAAAGAACCUGGAAGCUCAUCGGGCUUUUCUUCUCCUUCCUCUCCCCCGACUAUGGAGACAGGGCUGCUCCCCAACCACAAGUUGAAAAGCGUUGGAGGCGAUCGCCCUGCUGCCGCACCUCCCCACCACCCCCAUGCCCAGCACCAUCCCCAGCACCCAGCUCACCUCCAUGCCCAGCACCACCAUGCUCACCACCAACACCAACACCACCAUGCACUUCUUCUUCUUCAACAACCUCCACCACCACCACCACCACAGCUAAAUCAAUUCCAGCAACAGCCGCCGCCUCAGCACCAUCCGAUGCAGAAUAACAACAACGGCGGCGGCGGCAGCAACAACAACGGCGGUGGCGGCGCUGCUCAGCCCAGCAGCGCAGACAUGGAGCAACGGCAGCAACAUGGAGGAAAAGACAGUGGCUUGGGGGGACAGGCUGAGCCCCAGAGCCAGCCACAGCCUCAGCCCCUGCUGAAUAAAGGCGGAGACGAGGAAGAAGCGACGCGGACGCCGCCACCGGCGGACAAAAUGGGCGAGCAGCACCUCAGCAGCCGCUACGACCACCCCAGCUUGGGACCUUUGGGCGGCCAGCAGCAGCAGCAGCCGCCGCCUCCGCCGCCACCUCAGGGAGCGGGCAGCGGCGGAGGCGCUGGAGGAGGCGGAGGCGGAGGAGGUGGUGGCGGCGGCGGCGGCGGCCCCUCAGCAGUGGGUGUCUCAGAGUUUAAUAGCUAUUACGGCAACGCUGGCAGCAGCGGCGGAGGCGCCUCCUCAACGAGCCGGGCCGGGCCUUGCUUUGAUCAACAUGGCGGACAACAAAGCCCCGGGAUGGGGCUAAUGCACCCCGCGGCGGCCCCCAACAGCAUGGACCCCCUGUCCAACUCACACGAAGGCUACGCCAACAGCCAGUACAACCACUACCCCGGCGCUUACGGCCGGCCUGGCAGCGGCAGCAGCGCGGGAGGAGGAGCGGGAGUCGUGGCGGCGGCGGCUGCAGCAGCAGCAGCAGCAGGAGGUGGCGGCGGCUAUGGGGGCUCGUCCUCUGCCUUCGGGGUGCUGAGCUCCCCCAGGCAGCAGCACCAGCAGGGCAUGAUGCUGGGCCCCGGCGGAGGGAGCAGCCUUGGCAAGGCAUCUGGGACUGCGGGCUUCCAAAGGUUCUCCGGGCAAAACCAGCACCCGUCUGGGGCCACCCCAACCUUGAACCAGCUGCUCACUUCCCCCAGCCCUAUGAUGAGGAGCUAUGGCACCGGCUACCCUGAUUAUACCAACCCGAGUGCUGCCCCAUCGCAGCAGCAGGUUCAGGGAGUAGUAGUAGCAGCAGCAGCAGCAGCAGCAGCCACCCCAGGAAGCCAGCAGGCAGCAGCAGGCAUGGGCAUGGGCAUGGGCAAGGACAUGGGUUCCCAGUAUGGAGCUGCAAACCCAGCCUGGGCAGCUGCACAACAAAGAAAUCAUCCAGCUAUGAGCCCUGGAAACACUGGACAGACCAUCAGCAGGAGCCAGGGCAACCCAAUGGAUCCAAUGGUAAUGAAAAGACCUCAGCUGUUUGCUGUGGGUAGCAACCCUCAUACUCCGACACAGCCAAGCAGUCCGUAUCCAGGGCAGUCAUAUGUACCUCCAGGACCACAGCGCUUUCCAAUAGGAAUGCAGGCCCGGACUCCAGGUUCCAUGGGAGGAAUGCAGUACCCACAGCAACAGAUGCCACCUCAGUAUGGUCAGCAAGGUGUAAGUGGCUACUGCCAACAGCCAUAUUACAACCAGCAGCCACAACCUCAGCAUCUGCCACCCCAGGCCCAGUAUCUGUCACAGGCCCAGCAGAGGUACCAGACACAGCAGGACAUGUCUCAGGAAGGCUAUGGAACUAGGUCUCAACCUCCUAUCACCCAAGGCAAGCCUAACCAUGAAGAACUGAAUCUAAUACAACAAGAGAGACCAUCAAGCUUACCAGUUGAAGUCUUGACCUCGGAGGAUGCUUCCUUUGGACUCAAGGAUUUAUCUGGCUCCAUUGAUGACCUGCCUACAGGAACUGAAGCCACUCUGAGUUCAGCAGUUAGUGCGUCAGGUUCUACAAGCAGCCAAGGGGAGCAGAGCAACCCAGCACAGUCACCUUUCUCCCCUCAUGCCUCCCCACAUCUCUCCAGCAUCCCUGGGGGCCCUUCCCCUUCCCCUGUGGGCUCUCCUGUUGGAAGCAACCAGUCAAGAUCUGGUCCCAUUUCUCCUGCAAGUAUUCCAGGUAACCAGAUGUCAUCCCAGACUCCUGGUAGCCAAUCAGAAUCCAGCUCCCAUCCUGCCUUGAGCCAGUCCCCAAUGCCACAGGAUCGAGGCUUUAUGACAAGCAUUCAGAGAAAUCCUCAGUUGUCUCAAUAUGCACCUCAGCAAUCUGGACCCUCCAUGUCACCACAUCCUUCGCCUGGAGGCCAAAUGCAUUCUGGAAUUGGUAGCUUUCCACAGAGCAAUUCAAGUGGUACUUAUGGAACUCAGAUGAGCCAGUAUGGGCCACAAGGAAACUACUCCAGACAGCCAACUUACUCUGGAGUGACGAACACAAGUUACAGUGGCCCAGGACCUGGUAUGGGUAUAAAUGCCAACAGCCAGAUGCAUGGACAGGGGCCAGGCCAGCCUUGUGGUACCAUACCUCUGGGACGAAUGCCAUCAGCUGGGAUGCAGAGCAGACCGUUUCCUGGAAAUAUGAGCAGUAUGACCCCCAAUUCUCCAGGCAUGUCUCAGCAGGGAGGCCCAGGGAUGGGACCACCCAUGCCGACUGUGAACCGUAAGGCACAGGAGGCAGCUGCAGCAGUAAUGCAGGCUGCUGCAAAUUCCGCCCAGAGCAGGCCACCAUACAUUAGGUCGCCUGCUUAUCCCAGCCAGUCUGGGGCUGGCGGACGCCCCAUGUUUUCUUCACAGCACCCCAACUAUGGCAACGCUCAGGCUCCCAUGAUGCACCAGCCUGAUCAGUACGGGCAAGGCAGUUUUCCUGGCAUGAAUCAGAGCAGCAUUAUGGGAUCCAGCUCUCCCUACACCCAGCCAAUGAACAACAACUCAAGCCUGAUGAACCCUCAAGCACCUCCUUACAGCAUGGCACCUAACAUGGUGAACAGUUCCACAGCACCUCUGGGUCUUGCAGAUAUGAUGACUCCCAGCGAGUCCAAGCUACCCAUUCCUUUCAAACCAGAUGGGAAAGAAGAUGGGCCUCCUCAGCCUGAGAACAAAAAGGAUAGCUACAGCUCUCAGGGUAUUUCUCAGCCCCCAACCCCAGGCAACCUGCCAGUCCCUUCCCCAAUGUCCCCAAGCUCUGCUAGCAUCUCCUCAUUUCAUGGAGAUGAGAGUGAUAGCAUUGGCAGCCCAGGCUGGCCAAAGACUCCAUCAAGCCCUAAAUCAAGUUCCUCCACCACAACUGGAGAGAAAAUAACAAAAAUGUACGAGCUGGGAAAUGAACCAGAGCGCAAAAUGUGGGUGGAUCGGUAUCUCAAUUUCAUGGAAGAGAGGGGUACACCUGUGGCUAGUCUACCCGCUGUAGGCAAGAAGCCACUGGACCUUUUCAGGCUUUAUGUCUGUGUUAAGGAGAUUGGAGGUUUAGCCCAGGUUAAUAAAAACAAGAAGUGGCGUGAACUGGCGACCAACCUGAAUGUUGGCACUUCAAGCAGCGCAGCCAGCUCCCUGAAAAAACAAUAUAUUCAGUACCUGUUUGCCUUUGAAUGCAAAAUUGAACGAGGGGAGGAACCCCCUCCAGAAGUCUUCAGCACUGGAGAUACCAAGAAACAACCUAAGAUUCAGCCGCCAUCUCCUGCUAACUCGGGUUCCCUUCAAGGUCCACAAACCCCUCAGUCCACAGGUAGCAAUUCCAUGACAGAAGUGCCAGGUGACCUCAAGCCUCCAACACCAGCAUCUACUCCUCAUGGACAGAUGACACCUAUGCAGGGAAGCAGAAAUAGUUCUGUAAGUGUGCAUGAUCCAUUUUCGGAUGUAAGUGAUUCCACAUUCCCAAAGCGAAACUCCCUGACCCCAAAUGCACCCUAUCAACAGACAAUGAAUAUGCCAGAUAUGAUGGGAAGGAUGCCCUAUGAACCAAACAAGGACCCUUUUGGUGGAAUGAGAAAAGUGCCUGGAAACAGUGAACCUUUCAUGGCUCCUGGACAAAUGCCCAACAGUGGAAUGCAGGAAAUGUAUAACCAGACUCCUUCUGGAGCAAUGUCCAACAUGGGCAUAAGCCAGCGCCAGCAGUUUCCUUAUGGAAGUGGUUAUGACCGGAGGUCGGAUCAUGGGCUGGGUCCUGAAGGCAGUAUGGGAGCACCUGGUCAAAGCAACAUGGUGCCUUCAAACAGUGACCCAAGCAUGUACUCUCCUAACCGUUACCCUGGGCAGCAAAGGCAUGAACCAUAUGGACAGCAAUAUCCAGCGCAAGCCCCUCCUUCAGGACAGUCACCAUAUGGAGGACAUCAGCCUGGAAUGUUUCCGCAGCAGCAGAACUACAAACGCCAUAUGGAUGGCAUGUAUGGGCCUCCAGCAAAACGUCAUGAUGGAGAUAUGUUUAACAUGCAGUAUGGCAACCAACAACAGGAUAUGUUUAACCAGUACAGUAGUGCUUAUUCUGGACCAGACAGGAGGCCAAUUCAGGGACAGUAUCCAUAUCCUUAUAACAGAGAAAGGAUGCAGGGUCCAGGACAAAUGCAGCAACAUGGAAUACCUCCUCAGAUGAUCAGUGGUCCUAUGCAGUCAUCAGCCUCCAGCGAAGGCCCCCAGCAGAACAUGUGGCCCACAAGAAAUGAUAUGUCUUACCCAUAUCAGAACAGACAAGGCCCAGGAGGCCCUGCACAGGCCCCACCUUAUCCAGGGAUGAACCGUGCUGAAGAUAUGAUGGUUCCUGACCAGAGGAUAAACCAUGAAAGCCAGUGGCCUUCUCAUGUUAACCAGCGUCAGCCUUCUUACAUGUCAUCCUCUGCCUCCAUGCAGCCUAUCACUCGACCUCCUCAGUCAUCCUACCAGACGCCACCAUCAAUGCCAAACCACAUUUCCCGGGCCCCUAGUCCAGCGUCUUUUCCACGCUCCCAUGAAAACCGUAUGUCCCCAAGUAAAUCCCCUUUCCUGCCCUCCAUGAAGAUGCCGAAGGUUAUGCCCACUGUUCCACAAGUUGCAGGUCCUCCAACACAAUCAGCACCAAUUAGGCGGGAAAUAACGUUUCCUCCAGGCUCUGUAGAAGCAUCCCAACCAGUCUUGAAACCAAGACGAAAGAUUACCUCAAAAGAUAUCGUGACUCCUGAGGCUUGGCGAGUGAUGAUGUCUCUUAAAUCCGGCCUUCUCGCAGAAAGUACUUGGGCAUUAGACACUAUUAAUAUCCUUCUGUAUGAUGACACUACUGUUGCUACUUUCAACCUCUCUCAGUUAUCUGGUUUUCUUGAGCUUUUGGUGGAAUAUUUUAGAAAAUGCCUGAUAGAUAUUUUUGGGAUCCUUUUGGAAUAUGAAGUGGGACAUCCAGGCCCCAAAUUACUAGAUCAUAAUUCAAUUCAGAAAGAGGAUGGCCAAUCUGUGACCCAGGAUGCCAGAAAAGAAGAUGACAACGAUGAUGAAUGUAUUUAUUAUUAUGAUGAAUUUGAGGAUGAGGAGGAAGAGGAGGAAGAUGAAAAUGAAAAUGAAAACACUGAAGGAGAAGAAAAGAGCACUGUUCUUGCCCCCCCUGGUGCCACUGUGGAUCCAAGUGAGAGGCCAAAACAAGCCAGUAAAUUUGACAAGCUGCCAAUAAAAAUUGUAAAGAAAAACAACCUAUUUGUUGUUGACCGAUCUGACAGACUAGGGCGCGUUCAGGAAUUCAACAGUGGGCUCCUCCACUGGCAGCUUGGUGGGGGUGAUACAACUGAACAUAUCCAGACCCACUUUGAGAGUAAGAUGGAGAUCCCUCCUCGCAGGAGGCCACCUCUACCAUUAAACUCUUCAAGUAAAAAUAAAAACAUGGAGAGGAAAGGAGAUUCUGAGGAUCAGCAGGACAAAAGCAUAUCAGCCACCAUUGAUGAUGUCUUGUCAGCUCGUCCAGGAGCAUUGUCUGAAGAUUCAGACUCUGGUUCUCAGACAGACAGCAGUAAAUUUCCAUUUGGAAUCCACCAAGCCAAGAGUCAUCGGAAUAUCAAGCUGCUAGAGGAUGAACCACAGAGCCGAGAUGAAACUCCUCUAUGCACCAUAACUCACUGGCAGGACUCUUUGGCCAAGCGUUGCAUCUGUGUGUCAAAUAUUGUUCGCAGUUUGUCUUUUGUGCCUGGCAAUGAUGUCGAAAUGUCAAAACAUCCAGGCUUGGUGCUGAUCUUGGGAAAGUUGAUCCUUCUUCAUCAUGAGCACCCGGAAAGAAAGCGUGCACCACAGACAUAUGAAAAAGAGGCAGAGGCGGACAAAGGGGUGGCCUGCAGCAAAGAUGAGUGGUGGUGGGAUUGCCUUGAGGUUUUGAGGGAUAAUACAUUGGUCACAUUAGCCAACAUUUCUGGGCAGCUAGACUUAUCUGCUUACACAGAAAGCAUCUGUUUGCCAAUUUUGGAUGGCUUACUGCACUGGAUGGUGUGCCCGUCUGCAGAGGCACAAGAUCCUUUUCCGACUGUGGGGCCCAACUCAGUCCUGUCGCCUCAGAGACUUGUACUGGAAACCCUGUGUAAACUCAGUAUCCAAGAUAAUAAUGUGGACCUUAUCUUGGCCACUCCCCCAUUCAGUCGUCAGGAGAAACUCUAUGCUACUUUAGUUAGGUACGUUGGGGACCGCAAAAAUCCAGUCUGCCGAGAGAUGUCCAUGGCACUCUUAUCGAACCUUGCCCAGGGGGAUACAUUAGCAGCAAGGGCGAUAGCCGUACAGAAGGGAAGCAUUGGAAACUUAAUAAGCUUCCUUGAGGAUGGGGUCACUAUGGCCCAGUACCAGCAGAGCCAGCAUAACCUCAUGCACAUGCAACCUCCGCCUCUGGAGCCGCCUAGCGUAGACAUGAUGUGCAGGGCAGCCAAGGCUUUGCUGGCCAUGGCUCGGGUGGAGGAGAACCGCUCAGAGUUCCUUUUACACGAGGGUCGUUUGCUGGAUAUUUCAAUAUCUGCUCUCCUGAACUCUCUGGUUGCAUCUGUCAUCUGUGAUGUACUUUUUCAGAUUGGGCAGUUAUGACAUAAGUGAGAAGCCAAGCAUGUGUGAGUGGAGAUUAGAGGGUCACAUAUAACUGGCUGUUUUCUGUACUUGUUUAUCCAGUGUAGGAAGAAGGAAAAAAAAAAAUCUUUGCUCCUCUGCCCCAUUCACUAUUUACCAAUUGGGAAUUUAAAAAAAAUAUUAAUUUGAACAGUUAUGGAAUUAAUAUUUGCUGUCUAUGUGUAUAAGUACAUCUUUUUAUUUUAUUUUUUUAACCAAAGUUGCUGUCUAGUACAUUCAAAGGUCACACUUUUUCCAUAGAUAUACUUUUCCAUUUUUUUCCAUGUUUGUAUCACUUUUUUGGGAGGGAAGGGGGAAGCAAACUAGAGAUAUUGGCUGAUUAAAUGAUGCAAAACAUUAUUUGAUGGGGGAGAAGUAGGCUCACUACUCUGAAGUGGAAAAAUAUACUAAGUUCCUGUGUGUUUUAUUUUUCAAGAAUGAAAGAAAACCCAACCACCUAUUAUGCCGUUGCCCAAAGCGCUCUGUGCAAUAGAAGAAGAUUAGAUUAUAUAGGGUGUAGCGGAUCAAGGAAGGGGUCAGUCCAUAGUCUGCAUAUAAAAUUGCCUUGGUUUCUUCACAGGAGAAUGGUUACAUUAGGCUAGGAGCAAAACAAAUGUUUAAAGAAAGUUAAAACACAAACCUGAAGAUGGUCAACAUCAAUUGCUUCCUCAUCAGAACUGUCACAUCAGUAUCUAUUGUUUGAUCUUCCACAAUGACAGUUCAUCAUAAUUCCUUUUAAUCAUUUUUUAAAUUUUUUUUAUUGCCUAAGGGCCGUGAUGUAUAUAGAAGUUGUACAUUAAACAUACCCUCAUCUCUCUCUUUUUUAUUAUUAUAAGGAUUUAUUUUUUUUCAUGAUGUGGUAACUACAAAGUGAUGGUAGAAUUAAUUUUAUUAUUAUUUUUUAUUUGUUUGUUUGGGCCAUGUCUCCAAAAUAAUAGCAACAACAAAAAACAACCACCAUGAGGGUAAUGUACAAGUUUCUGUAUGUAUAAAGUCAUGCUCUAUUUCGCAAGAGCAGUUGCUCACAACUUGCUUUAUAAAUCAAGAUGUGGAAAUGGUUAUGUAUGGAUUGAUUUAAGAAAAUGGUUACCAGUCUACAGACAAAAAAAAAAGCAUACAGGAAAAAGAAGAAGAAACACAACUUCAAAGAUUUUUCAGUGAGAAGAAUCCGCAUUUGUAUUUCAAAAUAAUGUAGUUUAAAAAAAGACAAAAAAACUUGAUGUAAAUUCCUCCUUUUCCUCUGGCUUAAUGAAUAUCAUUUAUUCAGUAUAAAAUCUUUAUAUGUUCCACAUGUUAAGAAUAAAUGUACAUUAAAUCUUGUUAAGCACUGUGA